GUGGUCUGAGCCAUCGUCUCAUAGUCUAAUAGCUGCUUUUUUGGAUCCAAGAUUCAAACAAAUGAAUUUUGUAACGGCCAGUAAAAAAAGAGAAACCAUUUCUUACCUUUAUUCUUUAUUUGAUACACAAGAACGAUCUACUUUUAUUCAAGAAUCCCAACCUUUAAAUACUAAUUCUUCUUCUUUUUACGAUGAUGAUUGCAUUAUUCCAAACAAAACUGAAAAUGUAUCAUUAAUUGAAAAAGAAGUAGCACUUUAUGAUAGUUUACCUCAAAUUCCUAAAUAUCAUAUAACGGAUGAAGAAUAUC